UAAUGAUUAAAGAUAUGGAUGAAAUUCAGACACCUUCAAAUUUAACUAUUAAAUGUGAAAAUAUCGAUGAAAUUCAAACACAUUCAGAUUUAAUAAUUAAAGAAGAAAUUCAAUCACAUUCGGAUUUAAUGAUUAAAGAUAGGGAUGAAAUUCAAACACAUUCAAAUUUAACUAUUAAAAGUAAAAUUGAUGAAAUUCAAACACAUUCAAAUUUAAUAAUUAUAGAUCGAGAUGAAAUUCAGACACACACAAGCUUAGUGAUUAAAGAUGAAGGUAUGAAUGGAAUUUAUGCACGCACCAAAAUAAAAAUUGAAGAGGAUAAUAUAGAUGGAAUUCAGACAAGCUCAAAUUCAACAAUAAAAAAUGAAGAUAUUGAAAAAAUUCAGACACAUGAGGAAAUAAUUAUUAAAAAUGAAGAUGUGGAUGAAAUUCAGACACAUACAGAAUUAGUGAUUAAAAACGAAGAUAUGGAUAAUAUUCAGACACGUACAGAGAUAAUAGAUGAAAGUGCUGAAGAAUCUGAGUCUGAUGACACAUUAUCACAGAAAAGUAAUAAUAAUAAACAGAAAAAACGUUUUCCAUGUGAUAUAUGUUUUAAAAAAUAUAGAGGAAUAAAAGAAUUAAUUCACCAUAAAAGACUUCAUACUGGUGAAAAACCUUUUUCAUGUGAUAUUUGUGGUGGAAAAUUUAAUCGACAAGGCAGUUUAAACGUGCAUAAAAAAUUACAUUCUGGAGAAAGGCCAUAUUCAUGUGAUGUUUGCAACAAAACAUUUACUCAACAAAGUAAUUUACGGGUACAUAGACAAAUUCAUAAUGGUCAAAAACGAUUUUCAUGUGAUGUUUGUGAUAAAACAUUUAGUCGAAAAGAUAGUUUAAUCAAUCAUAAACGAAUACAUAAUCGUGAAAAACCGUUUUCAUGUAAUGUUUGUGACAAAACAUUUACACGAAAAAAUGAAUUAAAUAAACAUCAACAAAUUCAUGUCGAUGGAAAACCGGGUAAAACUUUUUCAUGUAAUAUUUGUCAUGAAAUAUUUGCAUCACGACACAAUUUUGUUGUACAUAAAAAACUUCAUAUAUCAUGUGAUUUUUGUGGUAAAAAUUUUUUAGAUCACAGUAAAUUAAUUCGACAUAGACGAGUUCAUACUGGUGAAAAACCAUUUUCGUGUGAUAUUUGUAAUCGAUCGUUUACCCAACAAAAUAACUUGCGUGUUCAUCAACAAAUUCAUACGGGGGGAAAACUAUUUUCAUGUGAUGUAUGUGGGAGACCUUUCACGCAAGAAUGGAAUUUAAUUAGGCAUAAAACAAUUCAUACCGGAGAAAAACGAUUUUCAUGUACGCUGUGUGAUAAGAAGUUUUUAAUGAAUUGUGAUCUAGUUAAUCAUCAAAGAGUUCAUACCGGAGAAAAACCGUACUCAUGUAGUAUUUGUAAUAAAUUAUUUCGUUGGAAAAAAUCCUUAAUUAAGCACAAUAAUGGUGGCCACUGUUUUUCCGAAUUCCCUAACUUUUCUAGGUUUCCCAGUUGAAUAAUUCAAAAAUUCCCUGACCAAAUUACUACUUUUAAAUUGCUUUGAAAGGAAGAGGAACGAAAAUUUUACAAAUAACAAACAGAGAAAAUCGUAGUAUUUAAUAUGACAGGGGCCAUAUAAGAAUUUUAUCCAAUUUUGAUAAACCAAGUAUGUAAUGCUACUAA